CCACCUCCAUCUCCACCACCUCCACCUCCACCUCCAACUCCACCUCCACCACCACCACCUCCACCACCUCCACCUCCACCUCCACCACCACCUCCACCACCACCUCCACCAGCUCCACCUCCACCUCAACCUCAACCUCCACCUCCACCACCUCCACCUCCAACUCCCCCCACCUCCACAUCUGUCUCCCAACCUGCACCUCCACCCCAUGUCCACCUCCACCCAACCUCCACCACCUCCACCUCCACCAACACCUCCAGCACCUGA